UCAGAUCACGCUGUAGCCAAUAAAAAUUUGUCUCUGCAGGUGAUCCUCCUUAAACUACAAGUCAAUAUUGAUUCUAUUCAAUAUAGCAGCAGAAUUAGAAAACGGUGUUACAUAAAUAUUUUAUAUAAAUUGUAACAUUAAUUGUAGUUAAAGAGGAAUAUAUGGUGAUUGAAAUCCUGCAACAUUUCAUUUGGUGAUGUUUGAAUUAAAAUAUAUAUAUAUACAUAUUUGAUAUAUAUAGUUAAAACUUAAAAAUGAUGUUCCCUGUAGAGAUCUGGGAACAAAUAUUUUUGUAUACUGAUCCGGUAACACUUACAAAUUUAAGAACAGUUUGUAAGUGUUGGAAAGAAGUUAUUGAUAAAACUUUAAAGGACAAUGAUCAUUGGUAUAAAUUAUGUAAAAAGGAAAUACCAGAAUGUUUAUGGGUCACAUUAUGUGAAACAUUGUAUCCAACUAAAUUUUAUACUAAGAUUCAUACAAAACAUGCAGUAUGGAUGGCAAUGUACAAAUUAUGGAUGAAAUGUAAAAAUAUAGUGAACUGUGAUACAGAAAUUGAAUGUUUUGAACCAUUACCAAAACAUAAUUUUAAUGAAUAUAUUACUUGUACAAAUACCAAAGGAAGUUUAUUAGCAAUUGGAACUUCUGAAGGAUAUAUUUAUUUUUAUGAUAUUAAUAAUUUACAUGAACAUGCAAAUCAUGUAAUAGAUAAUAAAGAAUAUUUACGGAGUAUCCAUAUCCUUAGAAGUGGAUCGGCUAUUCUUUGUGUAUCUUGCUCCAUAAACAAUCAUGUAGAUUGUUGGGAUGUUAAUCAAAUGAAGUUAAUUAAUAGAACAGGUGGAAAACUAGUUUGUACAAGUUACAGUUAUUGUUGUAUGAGUAUACGCAAUUACAUAAUUAUCGAAGGGCCAGUAUUAAAAACUGGAUAUGAAUUUGGUCUGAGUGAUAUUGUUGCUAUUAGUGCAAAUAAUAAUAAGGUACUCUUUUAUACGGAAGGAGGAUAUUUUGCAACUUUAACUGCAGAUACAGAACAAAUAAAUUAUAGUUCUACUCCUGUUCAACCACCAAAUAUAAGAAUUCGUAAUUAUUACAUAUUUCAACCAAACAUAGUUAUGUGUAUUACAGAAUAUGGAUAUUUAGGAAUUUUAAUACAAGGAAAAGAAUGGAAAAUGCAUAAUGUGUUUCCUAUUUUACAUAGUACCCCUACUGCAGUUUUAGUGUUUGGUCAUCUACUUGUGUUAGGUCUAGAUUCAGGAAAUGUUCAUUUGUAUUAUACAGAAGAUUUUGAAACAUUAGAUUUCAAUAAUAUUAAUAGUAAAAAAUUAACUUUAGACUUAACAGCUGUUAUAUCAUUAAAUAUAAUGGUUCAUCAAGGAGAAUAUUUAAUAGUUUCUUAUAAGAAAAAAAUUUACACUGUCAAACUUCUUUAACACAAAUUUUGGAUUUAGAACAAAAUAGAAAGUCAAUUUUUUAUCAGAAUAAACUAAAAGGUUUUGUAUAAAAAUUAUU